AUGCUUCAUCUAAUGACUCUAACAUCCAUGGAAAUAGUCUAUUUAAAAAAUUAAGUAAAUUAAACAUUGGUGAAUGAAAUAUUAAGAUGCACAAAUUACUCAAAUAAAUUAAUUAAUAAAAUUCAACAUUUGUUAUUUUAAUCUCCUAAUUAACGAACUGAUUUCAUAUUUUAUGUAAAUAAAUAAGCCAAUUUAUAAUAAAAGAUAUUGUUUAGUCCACCUAAAACAAUUACCUAAAGUCAAAGAUAUAUUAAUAAAUAAUCUUAAUCACCUUUAACGAAAACAAUAUAACCUCGUCUCUCUUACUCCCCUUUUACUUCCAGAACAAUAGCCCAAACAAAAAUUCAUCCAAAUUAAAUUAUUAUUGUAUAGAGCAGUGCCAGAUAAUUAAUUACAACUCCAAGUCCAAUUAAAUUUAUUAAAUAAUAAGAGUAGUAAUCUAAAUUAAUGUUUACACCUAAUCAAUCGCUAUAGACUAAAGAAACUAUUUCAAACUUGGAUGACUCAACUACCAAUACUGAUUUAGAUUAUAAGAUAUAGAAGGCACUUAAAUAAACAAAUGAAACACUUAAAAAGAAUUACAUGUUGUAAUGA